UGCACGCGUCGCUGCCUCGCCUCAUCGCCGCAGCGGUCAGCGCUCCUCCGCAGCUGCGCUCCCUUGGGUUCUCUUCCGCCGGAGAGCCAAGUCUCAAACUCCUCCAAGCUGCUCUCGUGCUGAAACUCGCUCCUGGUUUUACCUCUGGGACUGACAUCAAAUGUGCUGACUAGCAACAGAUUACCAAAACACUCAGCGGGAAGAGCUCAUUCCAGAGCGAGGCACUGCAGAAGACAUGCACAGCCCAGGUGACAGGACAGGGCUGGAGAGGCGGAAAGAGUCGAGUGCGGCGCCCCUGGCUGGCAGUGGCUGCACUACACCCGACGAGCCGCCGCUUUUGGAUGACCCUUAUCCCUUCGCUCUCGUACUACGGCUUCGUGUCCUCCAGAUCGUGUGCGGCAUUUCCGCGAUGGUGAUGGGCACGGUGACUUUCAUCGAGGAGCAGGGCGCUCUCAACCUUGGUCUCGGUAUCCCCGCAGGGGCGGCCACCGUCGCCGCUGCAGGUGCUGCUGUGCCUGGCCGCCGGCACGCUGUCCGCCGAGUGCGCGCUGCUGCGCGUCGACUGGCGCUACGACCCCGACUGACCCCUGGAGGCGCUGGCGCCGCCCCCGCCAGUGUCUGUGAGCGUCGUGGCGCUGGAGGUCCCCGCCGCGGGAGGGCCUGGAUCCGUGGCGCCAGUCGGCACCUCCAAGGUGGCGUGGGCCGUCUGACACCGGGACGAGGGACAGCCCCUCCUGCCCGCGCAGUGCGGGCGCUACGGCUGAGAACCUCUACCACCAGCGGCGCCACAGUGCAUUCUACUACUGCCCCACAUUUUCCGUCGUACCUGCUCUGUCUUUGAUGGCGAACGACUCUCUCUGCCCACUGUCUUCAGCAAUCAGGACAAUAUAAGUGUUCUAAUUCACGUUACUUCUCGUUCCAACUUCUAGUGGAAUAUCUGUGAAGUUUAAUGCAAACCGAGUGGAGAUAAAAUCUAACGGUGACAAGAUUAAGGGUGGCUGGAACACUAGAUGUAAACCAGUGUCUUUCAUAAGUGCGUUGCGGAAUCUGAAGUGUUGUAGAAGUACCAACCCUCUAUGUACAAUAAUAGGUCAAAAAGUAUUGCGCAGUAUACUGUAGCAUUAGUAAAAAUGUGUGUGAAAGUCCUAGUGGAUUAAUCCUUUCGAAACGUGUAUUAGCUUUUGGACAUUUUAUUCACUGCAUUGCGUCUACAUUUCUUUCCACGUCACGAGUGCACGUUCGUUGAUAUUUUGAGAGUGAUCAUUCGAAAACGUUUUGACAGACGAGAGCGAUAGUAAUGUCAAAUCCCUUCCCCAUAUCAUCCAUACUCAUAGAAACCCGAUGGAACUAGGUCAGAGGUGUGUGGGGCUUGUGGUUUCACAGAUGGUAUAAGUGCUUUUUUGCUGAGCGGGUACCUAGCAUUUUUGGUGGUGUAGGUUGAAGCGCCUUAACUCUGGCGUAAGAUAAUCUGCAGCUUUCGCAUGGAUUAACAGUAUUGUUCCGUGGUAAAGAUUCUUCUUCCAUCACGAAAGUACUGUUGGGGGUGAUUCAAAAAGAUAGGAUAGCUUUCAAUUGUUUAUUACAGAAAACACUGAAACGUAGAAACACAUUGCGUACUUCACUAGAUGAGAAAAGUUCAGAGUCUUACGAUGACACAGACACUAUGCUAUAUACGCAACAUGAGUACCGUAAGUUGCUCGAGAAACAUUAAAGCGUUAGUCUAUUACAUUCCAAUAGGACUCUGUUUAUUGAUUUGACAGCUUCAAGAAUUCAGCUCUUGAAGAGUAGCUGCCACAGGUAGGACAAAUAAUCUGCCUUUUACUUAUACCCACAGAAAAUUUGCAAGAAGUGAGGGACAGUGACCUUGGAUCCCAAAAGCAAUGAACAACACCUUUUUGUCCAUUGCUUGCAGUCCAACGUUGUGGAAUGGGGUUAUUAAGAUAACUCCGCACGUCAAGCUCAAAGUGAGGUAGGGCAGCGCCAUGCGUAAAAACGAAAUCAAUGGAAUCUGUAUGACACUGAGGAAACAACAAAUUUUGCAGCUUGCCCAGGCAUUCCUGUCACAGUUUCCUCCGCAAGAAAGAAAGUUUCAUAAGCUUUGUGAACAGAAACCACACAAACACCUUAAGGUUUGAAGUGUCUCAUGUUCGACAACGACCCAGGAUUUCGUGAUACCCCUAAUUCUUGCAUUAUGGUGGUUUACUUUAUCCGAUGGAUGAAACGUCGAUUCGUCCGAAAGGACGAUUUAUUCCGAAUAAGUGUCCUCUGCCAUAUCCUUGAGAACUGAAAUGCCAAAUUUAUACUUUCUGUCAUGGACGCCAUUUCUGGAGCAACUGCUACUUGUAAGGCUCCAUGUGCGGGCGUCGUUUCGGAACACACCACGCCGUUGUUUGAGGAAGUUGAAGUUCCUGACCUGUCCGUCUUGUGGACUUCCGAGACCUCGGAGUGAACGCACACGCUCGACAUUUUCAUCAGCAGUGCGUGAUCGAGAAGUACUCUUCCCUUUGCAUGUGCAGCCAAACUCCAAGAAUUUUGUAUGUCAGUCAUAAUUCUGCUUGUGCAGAGUCGGCUUCCUGUUGAGCCGAAGGCAGCAUGCACGUUGCAUUUGAACAGGAUAGUCGACUUUCCGCUACAGACGGACAAUAGCGCACCUGUUUCAAAACUUGCUCAACGCAGUGACAUGCGCUAUGUGUUUCUGCCUUUUACUGUUUAUCUAUAAUAAACUGAAAUCUCCCCAUUCUUCUUCAGCCAGUCAGUAUAUUAAUCGUCUAUAGUUACAAAAAACAUGUCACCAGCGAUCUGUUUGUAACCUGGCACAUCGCUACUCUUCUCGAGGAAGAGAAACUAACUGUGGUAUCCAAUUAGGACUAAAAAGAAACUGUCAAGUAUGGUCACACGGCGAUAAUUCCUAAACGUUGGCCCUAAUAUUCUAGUGUGACAUUGCGUGUCUGUAAUUGGAAAGGUGGUAGGGCUGAAUAAUGGUCGGACUUGGGAAUACUUAAGUCUGCCUUUAACAUAGCCUUCACCUCGCAAUUCUGGAAAUUCUUGAGGGAUCACACGUGUUUCGGACUGCACGUGAAAUUUUCGGUACCUUUUACAGGUAGAAUUUCCGGGUUAGUUUGCUGACACGCGAGUCGCCGAAGUGACGUCCAACCGAAGAACUAACACUGGGUCGUUGAGCAACACGGGAUUGUUAUCAUUCCAUGAAAGCAUUGAACACCAUUCCUAAGAAAGCCUUGAAUAAGACCUUUAUGUACCGUCUUCUUCAUUGGCAGUGUAUUGCCCUAUCGAGCAUAGUUUUUCUGUGAACUCAUAGAUUAACAUCAAGACAGAUUAUUUUUCUUGUACCAUUAUCAUCUGUCUCAGGGUGAGGAAUUUGUCGUUUGGAAGAAAUUCAUUAAAGCUUGACCGGUUUUAUGAAACUGACUGCAGCGGUUUACUGCUCAAUGGAAUGUCUCUGGUACUGAAUGAAGCAAUCAGUAUAUCGAAUGCAGCGUCGUAAGAGACAACAUAUGUUUCAUAUGUUGUUUCGACAGACUGGCAGCAGUUUACUGUAUAUAGAUGAAACUGAGUUCUUCCCGUUAGUAUGUGAAUAUGGUCGCCAUGGAAGGGUCUCAAGUAAAUCGACCAUGAUGGAAAAUCAUUAAAAUUAUAUUUGAUGCAGUGAAUAUCCAUUACUUAGAACUAGAAAACUUAAUCUCCCUAGUUCUUAUCAUUCCUAAGCGAAAGUGGCUCUUCUAUUACUAUUUUCCUAACCUUUGUACAAGAAAAUAACAUAUAAAUGACACAGAGAUUGUACUGUUCCACUGAAAAUGAUCUUGAAGACAUACGUCGUUAAUGGGUGUCUGUACGGGAGUGCUUUAUUUGAAGAGAAGUUACUGUCAAAUGUUAAGUGAAGCAGUAUGCGUAACAGUUGAUUGGAUUGAAGGAACAGUACAAAAACCAAGUUAGUGGAAGUGUGUGUUUUAUUUUUAGUUCUUUCUUAAGAACUAAUGUAGUGACUAAUAUUUGACGGGAAUUUAUAACUAACUGUUAUGAUAAAAAAGAAAUAUGUGUAUUUAUAUUUGUGAAGUGAACCUGAAUAUUUGAGCUUCUGCACUUGUAGUGUACGGAAACUCUAUAAGCUGUAGUUCUGCUGUACUAUAUAGAGAAGAGGACACGCUACUAUGACCAUAUUCGCAUAUCAAUAUUAUAUAGAAUUAAGAUAUUCUAUUGAAGAUAACUCCAUUGUGUGUGCGUACUUCCUACUGUGAAAUAUACUAUUCACUGCGAACCUCGUAUUAAAAGACGUUUUCAUCUUGAAAUACGACAGGCUUAAUCCAUAGCAAAACCUAUGUGU